GGGGCCGCGGGCCGAGCAGCGGAUUGGCCAACGGCUCCUUUCAACCCUGCCUCGUUGGUGGCCACUGGAGAAGCGCGGGGGGCUCCCCAGGCAGCCGUGGGGACAAGUUAGAGCCAGCACUUGACCCCGGGCCCCGCGUGUAGCUUCCCUCCUCCCUGCCCUAGGUGCCCCGCUGUCCGGAGGGGGGCGGCGCGGGUGUGCCCUCCGUACAUGUCCCAGCACCCGGGCAACCCUUGGGGCUUGUGUUCCAUCUCGCUCUCGCUUCCGGCACGGUGGUCAAGGGGAACCACUUGGCAUCAUGUCCCGGUAUAGCUACCAAAGUCUCCUGGACUGGCUCUAUGGGGGCGUGGACCCCAGCUUUGCAGGCAAUGGGGGCCCCGACUGUGCUGCCUUCCUCUCUUGGCAGCAGCGGCUGCUGGAAAGUGUGGUGGUCCUGACCCUGGCCCUGUUGGAGAUCCUGGUGGCCCUGCGGCACAUCCUGAGGCAGACGAAGGAGGACGGUAGGGGUGGCCGUGGCAGCCAGCCAGAUAAGGUGACCCAGCGGCCAGAGGAAGGCAAGGAGAGCCUGAGCAAGAAUCUGCUCUUAGUAGCCCUGUGCCUGACCUUCGGGGUGGAGGUGGGCUUUAAGUUCGCCACCAAGACCGUCAUCUACCUGCUCAACCCUUGUCACCUGGUCACCAUGAUGCAUAUCUUUCUCCUGGCCUGCCCUCCGUGUCCUGGAGCUAUCGUCGUCUUCAAGCUCCAGAUGCACAUGCUGAAUGGAGCACUUCUGGCUCUGGUGUUUCCUGUGGUAAAUACCCGGCUGCUCCCCUUCGAAUUGGAGAUUUACUACAUUCAGCAUGUUAUGCUCUACGUGGUGCCCAUCUACCUGCUUUGGAAAGGAGGUGCUUACACCCCAGAGCCCCUCAGCAGUUUCCGGUGGGCCCUUCUCUCAACUGGCCUCAUGUUCUUUUACCACUUCAGCAUCUUACAGAUCCUGGGCCUGGUCACCGAAGUGAAUUUGAACAACAUGCUGUGUCCGGCCAUCUCAGACCCAUUCUACGGCCCCUGGUAUCGCAUCUGGGCCUCGGGACACCAGACUCUCAUGACCAUGACCCACGGGAAGCUGGUCAUCCUGUUCUCAUACAUGGCUGGGCCCUUGUGUAAAUAUCUGCUGGAUUUGCUCCGGCUUCCAGCCAAGAAAAUAGACUGAAGGUGCUUGUCUUUUUUUUUUUUUUUCUCCCUGAGGAAGCAAGUCCUGACUUGACUUGGGGAACACCCAGUUCUUGAUGAAAUCAUGGGGAGAGGGCAGUAGGAUGUUUGGUGUAUUUCUUUUUCCCCUCCUCUCUGUCAGUUUCUUCCACCGCGCUUCCUUCCCCAGCUCUAACCCCCAGGACAUCUCCUGGAGCCUGGGGGUGGGGGAUCGUGCCAAGGGCUGGAUUCUUCCUCCUCCUCCCCUUUGGCUCUUCCUCCCUGCUCCUAGUGGCCUUACGUGGGCGACGGUAGUCAGUGGUUUUCACUCUGCUUGUUGGUGCUUUAAUGACAGCUGGUUGAGGGGACGGGGAACAACAAGCAGUAGUUCUCUUGGCACUGAAGUGACGAGAUUGGGUUGGGUUUCAUUUCUCCACUGCCAGGGACCUCCAGGCUUACUCUGGGGUCCUCCUUUGUCUCCAGCCCAGCCCCCACCAUAAUGGGACCGAGGCCUUGUUUCUACACCAGCGGCAAGCCGAGAGCCAAGGGUUUUCCCAGCUCGUGGCCAAAAUAGAACCUGCCAGAGUCUUCCCACUGGUGUCCCAUGACUCAGAGCAAGCAGCCAACCAGCCACUUCCUCCAAGAUGCUGCCUGUGGUGGGAGGUGGGGGCACUCCUUAGCCCCAAGGCUAGAUUCCAUUGAGGGGAAUGGAGAGCUGUUGGGAUAGCAGAUCCAAAGUGAACAAGUUGAAAAUAUCCACCACUCUUACUAGGCAGGACCCUGGGUAAAUUCUGCCUGAGGGAGCCAAAAAGUGACCCAUAUCCCUAUUAGAAGUGAGCGUUAGAAAUUAAUCAGUGGAAGUGAUAACUUGAGAAAACUGUGAUUUGAAUCAUAUGCUCCAUUUUAGUUGAAUGUUUGAUAGUAGAUGCCAUUUUAAUCUUGAAUACCCCUUAAAUAUUUCUCUCUCUCUCUAAAAGGCAGCUUCAGGGAAGGGUGAGCUGGAGUUGGGUUUUUUGCUUUUUGGAUUUGUUUUUUUUUUUUAAUUUGUUUGCUCCCUUGUUUUUGGAUGUUUGAACUCAGAGAAUCGUUGGGUCAGGGGCCAUCUCCACAGGGGCUCCUAUCCAUGUAUUCUGUGCUUUCACAGGCUAUGUCAGCAUCCUGGGUUGGGAGAAGAUACAGAUCCUGUAUCAUCAACAGGAUAGAUCCUGUAUCAUGACCUCAGCCAGAUUCCAUGCCGAACUGUUUCACAUGGAGGGGCAUCACACACUUCCGUGCCCACCUGGUCCACCCCCAAAGCCCAUGUCUGGGUUGCAAAGGAGGUACGAAGAAAUCAGGUCCCCAUGGGUGCAGGUUCAAGUGCUUCAAAAGGAAGACCUUUGGCACAAAGACUUGAGCUCAGUCACACAGACUUCAAGGAGAGAACUAGUGGCUGGGCAUUUGCUGACUCCUUGUGGGUUUUAACUAAGAACAGGUUUGCCUAACAGAAAAGGUGGUUCGAUGACUUCCUCUGAUGGCCCUACCCCCCACCCCACUCUAGGCAACCUCGUAGUCCUGGCCUGGGUCCCGUAUUCCAGGUAUUACUGUACUGUAAAGACCUAGAUUGAGCUUCAGUGACUCAGUGGUCGUGAUCUGAGCAGACAGACCUACAGAAGGCAACAGGGUACAGGAGAGUUUCUUGGAGCAAGGUGAGGUCUGGGAAGCAGCUGCGGGAGGAACCGCCCUGCUGCAGAGGCUGCUGGCACAGGGGACGAUCAGUUCCCAGGACGUGGAGGAGCCAGAGGGAGAACACCCAGUACUCUUACUCCCCUUGAGCUCUUCAUGACGUACUCCAUUUUCUGCCUCUCCCUCCCCCCAAGGGCUUGGCCAAGUUUGUUUCAGCGUCUCUCACCAUAGGGUUGUCCUCAGGAAGGGGUCCCUCUUGAGCAGCUGGAUCCACCCUGGUGAUCAUCGAGCUGCCGCGUGUAGGGAUGACUGAUAAGAAAACACGUAAGGCCUCAGUGCCCCUUGGCUCUUUACAAAAGGAGAGGUGGAAAGGAGGUCACAGGAGGAGCCCCUGGCGGCACGUUCUGUCUCCUUCCAGAACACGGAGUCCUGUAGGUGGAUGCUUGGCAUCCAAAUGCCACGGUGGCGCAGAGACUCUGCACGCUCACCCUUCCUCCCUGUCUUUGGGGCAUGGGUGGCCAGUCAGCCCAGUCUUUCCAGCGGUGGCAUGCUUCUAGAAGCUCGCCUUUUCCCUGGCUAUGGCUCGGUGCCCCAUUCUGGCUGGUCCUCUCUGCUGCUUGGAAGGAAAGAAGGAAGGGAAAGAAGCCAUGUGCCUGGCUGGGGCAGAGGCAGCUCCACCGGUCAGGGGAAGAGGGAGCUGGGGGGGAGCCCUAGGGCCAGGGGGGCUCCGAAACAGGCAGGCAGAGGAAAGAGAGCGUGGGCCAAGUCCACGGGCUGCACGGGGACCCGCGGCUUCUGUUCAAGGGGUUAGGGUGUGGCAAGUACCUGACAUGGUCUGAGCGCACCUAAGGCAGCCUGCCUUGGAGGGUGGCCCCCUGUGCCAGGGAGCCCAGGCUUCCCAGCUCCUGCCUAGGGCUUUCCUGGUGGCACCAAGGAGGUUCCUUAGCCACCUUGGCCAACUUUUCAGAUGCCAUUUGCCAGCGUGGGGGAGCUCACCGUGUGUGUGUACAUGUGCGCGCGUGUGAGAGAGAGAGAGAGAGAGAGAGAGAGAGUCUGAGAGCGUAGGCAGCAGCUCAGAAUAGCAGAGAUGAUAGCGUCUGCUUACAGCCCCAUCCCUGUUCCCAGUAUUUGGUUCCAUACACCAAAUAUGGUCUGGCCCAUCUUCUUCCCAGAGGCCCGGGAAUGGGUUCGUUUGUCUGCUUGGAGGACGGUGGGGUUCAGCGGGACGGUCGGCUGACUUUGCCGUCUGCUACCUCCAGCCUAGCCUCCGUCAGGGUUCUGCUGUCCGUACUCCUUGCUAACGCAGCGUUGUGUGGUGUGGGCCCAGUUCCCCUCCUCCUCACCAACAGCAAAUUGUCAGUCUAUCUCUGUGCAUUGGUGUUGGGGCAUGGUAGGGGUGGGGGUACCAGAAAGCCCUUCCUCUCCCUCUCUGGGCCAAAAAGACCUCCCUGGAUUUGUUGCCUUUGAUCCAGAGUUCUCUGUCCUCUGUGGGAGACUGAGGGGGCAGUAGGGGAGGAGACGAGGGACAAGAUGCGGGUGCUGGUUUUGGUAGAUCAGCAGGCCCCCAUGUGGAGAGGGGUCCUUCACUGCAGGCCUUGCCCUGCCCUGCCUUCUCAGACAGGGCACAGUCCGCGAGAGGGAGUGAGCUGCCUUCUUCUGUAUAUAGAGUGAACCAGUCUGUGCUCAGGAAAACCUAGUCACUUGUGGUUGCUCUUGUC